UGUCUAUCCAUCGCGAAAAAUGUUGAACAAGCCAAAGGCCUUCUGCGUAGUGCUCCAGCUGAGUCUCGUUUGCCUCUCACGAGCCAUCGAGUACGAGUUCAUCCUGGACAAGGAUGGUUUGUUCGCGCCCUGUGAGAACUAUCCGGGUAACCCUGCCGGCAUCGACGCCCUCUUUGACAUGUCCAAAUUUGAAAUAACACUGAAGGCAGAGUCCACCGUACAAAUGGCGGGAGAUGCCGUGAUCGUUUGGCAGGAUGUUAAACCGAGCGAUACCGUAACGAUGUUCGCACAAGUCUAUCACUACGAGCAGGGCACUUGGCAGAAGACGAUGUUCUCCGCCAGCAGCAACAACUUUUGCAAGAACAUGUUCGAGAAGAACCAGUACUGGUAUAAGUUCUGGACGCAGCACAUCAUCAACUCUGACGAAGUCAAGAAAACUUGCCUCAAUACCCGCGGCUCCUUGCUGAAACACGAGUCCUUCGACCAGGAGCUGAAGGUCAAUGUGAAUGUACCCAAUAUGAAUGGACGCUACAAAUUGGUAUUGCUCUUCGAGGCCUUCGACAAUCGCAAUGUGAAGCGUCCAGUGUCGGUUUGCACCGAACUCCGUGGUAUGAUCCAAAAGGUCUAAAGGUCUAUAAUAAUCAUGCAUGUUGAAUCCGAUACAUACAUAUGUACUGUGAAAUAUCAUUAAAAUGCAUUUGCAAGCAUCAGC